AAAAAUUGUAACAAUUAAUGAUUAAAUUAAAACAAAUACAAUUGCACUUAUGUAAAAAUCAAUUAGUGAUACAAAAGAAAUGAGCUAUGAAAUCAGGAAUCUCUAAAAUCAAUUUUUUAAUCAGAGAUAAGAGACUUUCCUAUUUGCCUGCAUUUUAUCAGUAUCAAUUAAUUACGAUCAGUUUCUUUGUUCCUUUCAAAGCGAUCGUAUCAAUGGAGAUCGCUAUAAACAGAUACUAUUGUGAGCAUCUGUGCACCUGUGCGCAAAAAAAAAUCAUAAAACGCUAUAUCAUUUGAUGGAUAAACAAUCGGUUCACAUGAUAAGAGUCUUUCUUCUUCGACACUUCAAUCACAAUGUUUGAUAUAAUCAAUCAUAUUGUCAAAUCAGAAGUUACGUCGGAUUACGAUAAAUAGCAUUUGAUAAGAUCGCAUAAAAUAGCAAACACUCCGUGGUGGUAUUUUUUCAGUAAAUAAGCAGCGCCGUAUAUAUACGCUGCAGGGAGAAAAAUCGCGCACAAUACGGUUUGAGCCGAUCGAGUCUCGCGUAACGAUUUCAUAAAGUGACUACAAUGCAGCUUCCGAUCGUCCUUCUAUUCAUCGUGGCGUCCGCCAGCGCGAUGCCGCACUUCUCGAGCAACGAGCUAUCGAAUAUCCUAAGUGAGACAGAAAAGAUCCCGUGGAUCGAGGAACUCGACGAUCCAAAACUUUGGACAAAUCAGAAGUCGCUUACCACUAUGGAUCUAUUCAGUCAAUACGGUUACAAUGGUGAACUGCAUAAAGUGAUGACUACCGACGGCUACAUUUUGGAAUUACAUCGAAUAACAGGACGAGGUAAUUCCGGCAAAUCACAAGUGGGAAAACCCGUAGCACUUGUGAUGCACGGCCUCUUAUGCUCAUCGGCGUGUUGGGCUGUUUCCGAGAAGGGUUUAGCUUACGUCCUUGCGGACGCAGGCUACGACGUGUGGCUAGGAAAUUCACGAGGCAAUGUAUAUGCGCGCGAGCAUGCACUUCCAGAUAUUCGAGAAGACGUUUUCUGGGACUUCAGGUGAGGAUAACGUGUGUAA